GUCUGCGCGAAUCGUUGGAAGUUUCCCCUUCUCAUCUCUCAUUUUGUGUAGCAGAAAAAAUUGAAUUUUACAUCGGUCGUCGCACUAGACUCCAUUUUUUCAAUCCUAUCGAAUAUGGGAAAUGGUUAACCUUACAUUUUUGAAUACAUUUAAGUGAAAGGAAGAAUGUAGUGAAUAGUUUAAAUCGGUGAUUGGGUUAUGAAAAUUUUCAGCAAGUGUGGAAUGUGGAAAAAAUGAAUAAAGAAGCUAGAAAAGUUCACAUCAAGUGAGGUCGGGAGAAAACCCUUCCCCCGUCAUCCAUCAUUGCCUAUACAGAGUGUAGUCGGUUCGGAUUCGGAAUUGUGGCUGCUGCCGGAGGAGAAACCUGAGUGGUUUAUUCAUAGCUCUUGAAUUUGCAAUAGUAUUUCAGGUUCGUUUCAUAUAGCAGUGAGUAUUAUGCACUUGUUUGUGUGUGUGUGUGAAUUUUCAGAGAGAAUAAUUUCUCACAUCUCGCAAAUCGAGACAUAACAUUGUGUUCGAUCGUGUGUAAAAGCGGAUCCAUUGAAUAUUUCGGUAGAGUUCACGCAGACGUUGUGUGUUGUCUAGCGGUAUCGUGUGUGAAGGAGUAUUAUUAGUAAGGAUCUAUUUCUCAUUGCACAAUAACGCAGGCGGUUUCGUGAAUAGUUUCUGCUGAAAGGACUGCGAAAGUUUACUAUGGAUAUCUUGAGUUUAUCUUUUAAGCAACAACCGAACUUAAAUACUUAAGAUAUCCAUUUGUUGAGAAUAUCGGUAGAAUCGGCCAUUGUGCACUAAGUAAUGUGAACUGCUAACCGUACGUAACUGCUAAGGCCACGAUUCCUACCGAGCACAAUGCGAACAAUGAACAUGGACAACUGUGAGAAAUUGCUGACCGGAUUCUACCACGUUAGCAAACGGUGUAGUUCCAGACUGAUUUUAGCCGAGUUACCCCAUGUUAGUUCCAGCACUCGCGCAAAUAGUAUCACUUGGUUUAAACAGUCGUCACUGCAGGGGCAAAAUCACUAGCAAUGCAAGUUGUGUUUGCUGUAGCAUCGACUAUGAGUGCAAGUGUGAAAAUUAAAAGAAAAAUUGAAAUAAUAUGAAAAUAGUUGAAUCCAAGCCAAAAUAUAGUUUAGUGCAUUUGAGAAGAAAGAAAAGAAGAAAGAGCAUUGCACAUGUGUGGCAACGGGAUGAGGCAGUGGUCCCGACGGGAGUGAUCACAUCUGUGAAAAUUUGUUUUUCAUUGUCAAAAUAGAACAGCACACGAGUGUAUAGAAGAAGCUGUCAGUGAGUAAUCAGGUGAACAGCUGUCGAAAUCAUACAAAUUAUUUGGGAUAUAGCCGAGAUCUAAAGCGAAGUGUAAACAUGACCGAACCAAAGGGCGUCCUCGCAGGACUAAACUUAUCUAGCUUAUCAGUGAUCCCAGCAUCCAACCGGCUACGCGAACUUGAAUCGCUUAUCAUCGAUAAUGUCACUUCGAACAACAAUUUAAACAGUGCUGGUUUGUCGUCGGAGAAAUUCCUCUCGAUCGAAACCCUGCUCGACUGUCUGCUGGUGCUGUACGACGAGUGCUGCAAUUCGUCCCUACGGCGAGAAAAAACCGUUUCUGAUUUCAUCGAGUUGAUAAAAUCGGUGGUGCAAUGCAUCAAACAGCUGCGCUUGUCGCGGGAGGACUUCGAAGUGCUCAAGGUUAUUGGCCGCGGCGCAUUUGGCGAGGUAUGCGUCGUUCGAAUGAAUCACACUAGUCAAAUCUAUGCAAUGAAAAUUUUAAACAAAUGGGAAAUGCUGAAGCGAGCCGAAACCGCGUGCUUUCGCGAGGAACGCGAUGUGCUAGUGUUUGGCGAUCGAAGAUGGAUUACCAACCUGCACUAUGCCUUCCAGGAUGAUAUCAAUUUGUAUCUCGUGAUGGAUUACUACUGUGGGGGAGAUCUAUUGACGUUACUAAGUAAAUUCGAAGACCGUCUUCCAGAGGAUAUGGCGCGGUUUUACAUUUCCGAGAUGGUACUCGCCAUCAACAGUAUUCACGAACUUAAGUAUGUUCACCGAGAUAUCAAACCGGAUAAUAUCGUGCUCGAUGCGAGCGGUCACGUUAGGCUGGCCGAUUUCGGUUCCUGUUUGAAGCUUGGUCCCCAAGGUACAGUGCAGUCGAAUGUGGCUGUGGGUACGCCGGAUUACAUUUCUCCUGAAAUCUUGCGAGCGAUGGAGGAUGGUCAGGGGAAAUAUGGACCGGAAUGUGACUGGUGGUCCCUGGGGGUUUGUAUGUAUGAAAUGUUGUUCGGAGAAACACCGUUCUACGCCGAGAGUUUGGUGGAAACUUAUGGUAAAAUCAUGAAUCACAAGAAUUGUUUUGAUUUUCCUAACGAUGACGAAGAGUUUCAAGUUAGUGAACAUGCGAAAGAUUUGAUAAAAAGGUUAAUUUGUGCGCCUGAAUUUCGGUUGGGUCAAAACGGAAUCGAUGAUUUCAAAACGCAUCCAUGGUUCGAAGGAAUCGACUGGGAUACGAUACGAAACGGCCAAGCGCCAUACAUACCAGAGGUUUCUAGUCCAACCGAUACGUCUAAUUUUGACGUAGAUGAUACGGACAUUAAGUUGUCUGAUGCGGUACCUCCGACUACGAAUCCGGCCUUCUCAGGGCAUCAUUUGCCUUUUAUUGGAUUCACGUUUACCAAGGAGAGUAGCAUAUCGGAUGUGGGGAAACUGUCACGUGCCAUUAGCAAUUUAACUAAUAGUCAAUUACAGCAACAGCUUGCUCCGCUCAAGUUGGAAGGUAAUCAGCAGCAAGGGAAUGGAAUGUUCAAACACGGUUCUGAGGAAAAACGACUCAGUCCCGAUAGCACUCGAAAACUGCAAGAUGAAAUCAAUAUACUAACAAAGCGGAAUUGCGAGUUGGAAAGUCAAAUUAAAAGUUUUGAGCGACAGGAAUUUGCGGUCCGAAGCAGCGGGAACGCCGUUUCGGGAGAUGCGGUCGAUGGCCAGCUAGAUGCUAAAUUAAAGGAGUACGAAAAAAUUAUUCGACAGUUGCGACAAGAAAAGGAUGACCUCCAGAAAGAGCAUGCAGAUGCAAUCGAAAGACUGAAACUACAAGAUAAGGAACUGAAGGAUGCUCUGAGCCAACGAAAAUUAGCAAUGACCGAAUAUACCGAGGUCACUGACAAAUUGUCCGAUUUGCGGCAACAAAAACAAAAAUUGUCCCGUCAGGUUCGUGAUAAGGAAGAGGAGGUGGAGGUGGGUUUGCAAAAAGUGGAUACGCUUCGAAGUGAACUUCGAAAGACCGAUAAAACUAGACGUGAACUGGAAGCAAGAUUGCAGGAUUUGUUGUCAGAAGUAACCAGAGAGCGGCAGCUGAGGGAGCGUUCUGAAGACUAUUGUCGCCAGUUGCAAGCUGAAGCCAGAAGUAGAAGUUCUUCUGAUUUAGGAUCUUCGAAUUCACUAGGAAUCUCAUCAUCCGAUUCUAUUCGGCUCGAAAUCGAUCGGCUAGAAGUGGAGUACAGUGAAAAAAUAAACCUUCAACAAUCGCGAUAUAAUACGGAAAUCUCUGCUCUUCGGGACCAGUUGAAUGAAGCCGAAAAUCAUCGGGAAAUGCUGCAGAUAGAACUACAGCAGGCUCGCGAUAAACUAGAUUCAACGCGACUUGAAUCGCUAACCGAUUCCGAAGAAACCAUAUUGGAGUUACGCAAGCGACAUGAUCGGGAAAAGAAAAUCCUGCUGGAUGAUAACCGGAAAAUGAUCUCUGAUCUGGAGAUUCUCAGUGAACAGAACCGACGUUUGCAGAAUGAAAGGCUGCAAAUGGAUAGCGAUUAUGAGGAAUUAAGGAAUAAGCGCCAAGCGUUCAGUCAGUGGGAGAGACAGAUUUCGGAGAUCAUUCAAUGGGUUUCGGACGAAAAGGAUGCUCGUGGUUACCUGCAGGCACUAGCCACUAAGAUGACUGAGGAACUUGAGUUCUUGAAGCACUCGGGUUCGCUGAAUCACAAUGCUAGCGAUAAGAAUUGGCGCAACCGACGAUCCCAGAAACUGGAUAAAAUGGAACUGCUCAACUUGCAGAGUUCAUUGCAAAACGAGAUUCAGGCAAAGGCUCUCAUAUCGGAGGAACUCACGCGCACUAGAACGGACUUAGUUUCCGCCCAAAAGGAUUUGCGCGAGACUCGCCAAAUUUGCGAAUCCAUUGGCAGUGAACUGAAACGUAAAGAUGGUCAAAUCAAGGAAUUGCAGCAACGACUGGAAUCGAAUGAAGGCUUUUUGGAGAGACCUUCUUCGCAGAUGUCCUAUUUGGAUCAUUUCCUGAAGGAAUCAGGCGGGGGAUCCAGCUCCACGACGCACACCAAUUCAACACUAGCCGUGAAUAUGCCGUCCCAGCAGAACAGUCAGCACGUAACCUCAACUAGUUCUUCAUCUAACAACCUUACCAACACCCCAAUGAACCAACAUAAUCAGAGUUUGUCCUCGCUUCAUCAGCAGCUGCAGCAACAGCAGGCGCACCAGCAGCAGCAACAUUUACAACAACAGCAACAGUCGCACACUUACAGCAACCAGCAGCAGAUUCAUCAGAUGCAUCACUCCAACUAUUCGAUGGAAAGCGAAGAGGGUGACGUCGAAGAUAACCGGGGCCAUUCGCUGUCCAGCUCGAAGAGCAACCUUAGUGACCAUUCAUUGAGCAUGCACAGCGUUAUGAUGCCCAAACAGAAGGUGCACCAGUUUCUGGUGCGAACGUUUUCUAGUCCUACAAAGUGCAACCACUGCACCUCGCUAAUGGUUGGUCUAACGCGGCAGGGUGUGGUGUGCGAGUUGUGCGGUUUCGCCUGCCACAUGAUCUGCUGCCAGAAGGUGCCCACACAAUGCCCGGUACCCUCCGAUCAAACGAAACGACCGCUCGGUAUCGAUCCGACACGAGGCAUCGGAACGGCCUACGAGGGCUAUGUGAAGGUACCUAAGCUGGGUGCGGUCAAGCGUGGCUGGGUGCGACAAUUUGUUGUUGUUUGUGAUUUUAAGUUGUUUCUGUACGACAUCACCGCCGAUCGCAGUGCAUUACCAAGUGUUCAUGUUACUCAGGUAUUAGAUAUGCGAGACCCAGAAUUUGGUGUUUCCGGAGUUCGUGAAAGUGAUGUUAUUCACGCAGCUAAAAAAGACGUUCCUUGUAUCUUUAGGAUAACAACCUCUCUAUUGGACGGUGGUACCUCGCUUCAAACUUUAAUGUUAGCGGAUACCGAAUCAGAAAAGGCGAAAUGGGUGGUAGCGCUUAGCGAAUUGCAUCGAAUAUUGAAACGAAAUAAUUUACCCAAUACUGCGAUAUUCCGUGUAAAAGAGGUGCUGGAUAGUUCCUUGUCCGCCAUUAGAAGUGCGCUGAGCGCGCUUAUUAUCGAUCCCGAUCGUAUUCUGCUGGGAACGGAAGAUGGUUUGUUUUGUUUGGAUUUGGAUCGUAGCGAGAUUGCUCGGAUAGGGGAAAGUAAAAAGGUGUAUCAACUGUGGUAUAUUGCUGAGGAGCAAUUGUUGGUAAUUCUGUGCGGCAAGCAACGCCAUUUGCGACUUUUGCCGAUUCGGGCUUUGGAAGCGACGGAUGUCGAAUGGAUAAAGGUGGCGGAAUCAAAGAAUUGCAUCACCGCCUGCACUGGGAUUAUCGAACGAGGACCGCAACCUGUUUAUUGUAUCGUUAUUGCACUGAAACGACAAAAUACUUCGCAAAUUGUGGUGUACGUUGUUAACAGAAAUCGCAGUCGUCACCAUAAAAUGUGCGAAUUUACAGUGGCCUACCCGGUGCAAAGUCUUCAGGUUCUCUCCGACUUACGGCUGGCAGUAGGCCAUCAGAGUGGUUUCACAGCGUACUGUCUGCAAGGAGAGGCUCAAGCCAUGCCUCUUGUACAUCCGGAAAACCAGUUGAAUAACUUCCUAGCGUACUCGGGCGUGGAUGCAUGGCGAGUAAUUGAAUUACAAUCAGGCCAAGGCUCUAACGCACACGGAGAAUAUCUGCUAGUGUUCCAAACGCUAGCUAUCUACGUCGAUCUACAGGGUCGCAAAUCUCGUGAUCGAGAGAUUAUGUAUCCAGCAGUACCUACUCAUAUUACGUAUUGUGACGGCCAUUUACUAGUCUACUCGGAAACGCAUCUCGAUAUCUUCAACGCGCAAACCGCCGAAUGGGUCCAGUCUAUUGGACUCAAACGAUCCCGUCCGCUGAUGAACAACGGCAGCCUUUCGUUGACGAUGCUGAACGAUACGGCACACGUUAUUUACUUAGCAAAUAUGCACACAAGUCUCCAAACUCCAUUUUCAGGAGAGCUUCUUAAUCUGACACCGUGUGACAGAGAGGGUCGUCUCAAGUCGAAACGAUUUUCAUUGCGUAAUGAGGGCAACCGUACUAUAAGAACAAGCACCGAUAGACGUUCAAAGUUAAUUUCGGCACCAACCAAUUUCAAUCACAUUUCUCACAUGGGCCCCGGAGAUGGAAUUCAAAAGCAACGCCUUUUGGAUCUCCCAACCACGAUCGAAACCGCUGAUCAGAGCAACCAACUUCGGGUAUCAACCAUGCGGCAUGCUCCACCGCCUCCUAGAGCACCACCACGUCCAAUGAUACACCCGCAUAAUGGUUCGAAUAAUUCUUUCCCAGGUGCUAAGCGAACAGCUCCAGCUCGGCCACGAGAUCAACCACCAUCGUUACCGCGGUCUCCUAGUCCACUGGGCAGCAUGUCAUCGUUACAGGACGUACUCAAGGUGGCCGAUAUGCAGUCAGAAUCACGGCAAAGUGUAGCUAGUAACAACUCCAGCUCGGUUUCAACACCUCCGUCGCCAACCAACGACCGGUUGAGCUCCAGCUACGACUCUUAAUGGUAAGAGAUAUGCUCUUGUAAAUGAGCUACUAAAUCGAUACUAGUUUCCUUGAAAUUUUGGAAUGAAUAGUUUUUUUUACGUCAAGCUGAUUUUAAAUUUAUUCAGUUUCUCUUGAAACGGCUAAUGCAUUGCAUUUCAAAAAUAAAAUUCAAAAAUACUCGAGAUCAUAAUUCGCAUGAUUUUUUUAACUUUUUUUUAUGUUUUUAUGUUUCUGAGAAAGUAAUAUAACUAUUUAAAAUUUUAAAUCAAAAUAAGCCUCUAUGGAAAAAUUCUGAUCUCUUUAAAUCUAGUAAACUUUAAACCUGAAAGUGUAUGUCUCGGAAACUCGCGUUUCCAGUAGGGUUGUGUUUCUAGAAACAAACACAAUCACCAGUGAGUCUGUAUCUUGUCUCUAAUUCGCAAUAACCAUUUACAUCCAAAUUCUGCCCAUUUAUAUCACCAGCGAAUAAGGCUACUUAUCGUAGACAGAAGCAAACAUCGUUGUGCAAUAUUCUAUGCAAGUAGAAUAGAACGUAUCGCAAUACCAGAAAAAAAAUAACUGAACUAGUACCUCUUGGUAGAAUUAUUUUAACACUUCACUCUAUUAGAAUAGAACAAAUCUUUGCUAAAAAUUUCCUGUCAUCGUAACAGCAAAUUUUAACCAAACUUUAAAUCACCAUAAUCAAAUUAGAAAACAUAUUACAACGAGUUUGUGAACACUUAAACACCGAAAACCGAUGUCUUAAUUCCAGUUUUCCCUUAGGUACGUCUGCAGUCUAACAAAAAUCGCAUAAUAAUCUUAAUCUUGACACAGCGUCGCUAUUUUCCAAUGAUCAGAAAAAUUUGCGUUUAUACAUCAAUAAAUCGAAAAGCGACACGUUAAAAGGGCCUUAAUCUAAAUUGUUAACGGUACCGAGUGAGAGCUAUUAUUUGCUAGAUUUGGGAACUUUCUGCGUGUUGCUUUUCAAUUAAUCAAGACAUGUUUUACCCGAUUACAACCCGAUUCCGUUUCUUUUGUGAAAGCUCGGAAAGCACCUCUCGGUGGUAACAGAGCACUUUCCAGUAACUAUAGUAUAGGUACAGUUUCAUUGUUUCUCAGCACUACGCGUUUACAUUUGAAUAAAAGGCGAAAAUAACGAUACAAAGUCAAUAACUAUAACAAGGAAAGAAUCAAAUUCACUACUACCUAAUUCAUACACACAAAACUAUUGAAGUAAGAAGUAAGAAACUUUUAAACUAAAGCAGUCACUCAUAUUUCUGCUUGACCGAACCGGCUUCGCGCGGAGCGAUAGCGGUCAAAUCGUUGAAAGUGAAAAUAAACUGAAGACAAUAUUUAGUAUUUCCGGUACAGGUUUACUGUAUUUGUUAAUAUUAUAUACAGAGUAGAAAGCAAGAGCGUGUAGGACAGAAACUCUCUAAAUCACUGACAACUAACUUAGAGCGUGUACAUUACCAGAACUCACCCUGUCGAGCAUCAGCUGCGAAGGAAUCGUGCGCCAUUUACCAUUGUAAAAAGAAAGGAACUAAAAUUAACUUACAAAUCUGUUGAAGCCAAGUCCACUUAACCCAUAACUUAUUUGACCCACCAUACCUAACGUACGAAUGUAGUACAGAAGCUUUUUAUAAUCAAUAUUUUAAUCGAUUUAAAUUUUGAUAAGCCUAUUUAUUUGCAAACCCAUUAUAUGUUUUGCAUCAGUUUGGCUAAUCGUAUGUUAAAUCUGUAUAUCGUUUAAUCGGCUUCGAAAUUUAACGCUAUUUUCUCUCGUUUCGAUUGUCGUUCUGUUUGUCCACAUAAUAUUGCUGUAUUAUCAGUACAUGUAAUGUGAAAGGAAUAUUACAAUAAACAAACGAUACAUAUUAAGCGGAAAUUUUUCAACUAGUAAUUGAGAUACGAACAUGAAAAAGGAGUUGCAUAAACGUGCAUCUGAAACUGAAACUGCAACAUCGGAAACACAUACUAUGGCUAAGUUUGCAGUAUAUAUGUAGCAUAUACCGAAAGUCUAGUGUUUUAUAAAAUUAUAUUAAUUGUAAAAUUACCACAGCAGAAUAUAUUAACAUUAUACAAGUACUAA